CAGGCCGCGCCAGAGAACCAGUCGGCCAGGAGGAGGCCCCCGCCGUACAGCCGCCGUGCCGCUCUUGCCCAAAGGAUUAAACACCUCGCCGGCCCCUGCGCUGCCCUCCGUACCACCCGGCCGGCCGGAAGCAUCCCCGCACCAGAGGUUGAGCGGCCAUGAGGCUGCCGCUGCUGCUGCUGCUGAGUACCGUGGCUGCGCUACUCGCGCCACCUGGCGCGCUGGCCAAGUGUCCCUGGUCGCGGGACUUAGUCGACCUGCACGCCGACUGCAUCUGCGCCUACAGCAGCACACAGCGCCUGUCUGUCCAGUGCAGCCCAGUGAAUUUCGCACGACUCAUGAAUGCGCUGCAUGCAUCGGCGCAGAACGUGCCCAUCGAUCUGCUCCAUAUCAACAACAGCACGGUAGAGGCGCUGCCGGACGGCGCGUUCGCCAAGCUGGACAUCCAGUCACUGCACCUGGCACGCUGCCAGUUGCGUCAAGUGUCUGAGCGUGCACUGCAGGGCCUCGAAAACAGCUUGGCCAGCCUCAGCUUGCCCGACAAUCGGCUCGAGGAGGUUCCCGUGGCGGCCCUGCGACGCCUGGCCUCACUGCGCCAGCUAGACUUGUCCAGCAACGCCAUCCGCCAUAUACCUGAUGGGGCGUUCACCGGCCUGCCACUCAACACGCUCAAGUUGGCCGACAACGAGUUGAACAUCGCGGACGACGCAUUCGCUGGGCUCCAGGACUCUCUAAAGAACCUCAACCUCAAGGGCACUGGCCAGGAGCGCGUGCCGCGUGCGGCCGCCCAGCUGACCUCGCUCGCCUUCCUGGACCUGGCGCAGAACAAGAUUGCAAGCCUGGCACCCGAGGACCUUAGCGGUAUGCACACGCUCACCGCACUCAACCUGGAGCGCAACCGCAUCGUCAAGAUCGACGCAGAUGCAUUCGCCGGCAUCAACGAUACACUCAGUUCGCUCUCGCUGCUGAACAACCUGCUCGUUGAGUUUCCUGGCCAGGCACUUGCCACGCUUACUGAACUUCGGGUUCUUGACCUGGGGUUUAAUGGAAUUCGGAAUCUCCCGGAUGAUGCUUUUGCAAACAACCCUUUCCUGACACUUCUUGCUCUGGAUGGAAAUCCCAUGGCAACUAUACCAUUGGAACCUUUCCGGCACCUCAACACAACUCUCAGGGGAAUCAGCAUAGGAGGACCCUACCUCGAGUGUGACUGCAGGAUGCGAUGGAUUGCAGAGUGGAUAGCAAACAAAGACCUUCAAGUAACAAGUCGUGAGCGGAACCCUCAAUACUGUGGAAAACCUGACCACCUCAAGCGACGCACGUUUGCAAAAAUUGAGCCCUCUGAGUUUAUAUGCAAUGCUUCAACGACAACAACACUGCCUCCAACAACAACAAUGGCAACAACAACAACAACAACAACAACAGUUCCUGUGACGACCACAACAGAAAGUGAGCCCGUGAUCCCAACCAGCACAAAACCUCCUACCACAACAAGCAGCACUACAGUGAUGACAACUACUCCUAUUAGUACUAGUACUACUACGGUGCCUUCAGUGGAGUCAGCAAUUACUACAACUACAGUUCCUGAACCAACAAGUGUUCACAUCAAUGAGCUGCUCGCUGCAGAAACCACCACUUUCAGGGAGCCAUUUGUGUCUUUGAGUGAGUCAGCAGAUGACGUCAUCACUUAUGCUCCAGAGCAAACAGAUGCACCAGCACCUUCUCAAAGACAGGCCACCAACAAACAUGUUCGACCACUACUAUCGUCACCAAGAAAUCAAGACAUUCAGGCACCAUCCAGCAAAGUUCCAUUAGUUCCAUACAUUGUGAAUGCUCAGAGGAAGGAUUCUGCAGUCACUAUUGAAUGGCAAAGUGAUGGCGAGUCUCCUUUAGGUUUCCAGGUAGUUUACCGAUUGUUUGGAGAAAAGAUUUAUCGUCAUGGCCCUACACUGCGGCCAAAUCAAAGGAAGUACACAAUGCAAAGUCUGCCCACAAAUGAGUGCCUUGUGGUGUGCAUUGUAAACCUACAAGAUGCGCAAGACAUUAAUAUAGACGACAUCCUACCAUCCCGGUGCAAGGAGCUCAAGCUAGAGCGCUAUGUAAUUGCCCAUUUAGACAAAAUCAUCAUUGCAUCUUCAGCAGCUGUGUGUGGCAUCAUCAUACUGGCUGUCAUAAUCUUUCUUUGUUGCUGGCGAAAGAAGCAGGGCCGUAGCAGUGGCCCCAAAUCUCGUCUGCCACUGCCAACGUCUACUGUUCAUCCAACCAUCAAGCCAACAGACGAGUGGGAGACCGUCUCCAUGUACAGCAGCCGCAGUAUUCCUCGGGCACGCAUGUACCACAUGGACAAUGCUAAUGGCUCUGUAAACCAGAGCUUUGUCAUGGAUGACAACCGCUCCCACAUUUCCCAUUUCUCCCACAUGCCCAAUGGCUACUCUUCCAAGGCCCGCUCUACAGCUGAUGGCCAAUCUCACAGAUCCUACUCUCAAAUGUCUAACAAGUACCGUGGCCUUGGCAACCCAGAAGUGCGCAAGUCACAGCAGUCCCUAUCAGCUUUGUCGGGAACUCAUUCUUUUCUCGAUGCUCAUGCAGGGCCAACAACGCGACCACUUCCCAAUGGCAAAAAAAGAGUGCUGCACAACGGCCGACUUGCAUCAGCCAGUUCCAUGCACUCACUUAAUGAGUAUGACUCAGACUGGAAUGCCCGGACAGAAAACUGGAAAGACAAUGAAGUGGACAUAUACGUAGGGCAGAGUCAUGUGGCACCUUCCCACAGCAAGUACCACCACCGAUAGGACACUUGCCUCAGCUUGUUGUGCAGCUACGGCAUCAGAGUGCUCACAUCACCGCUAGUGCAAGCUGUUUACAUCAGCGUGCAAGCUUGGUUUCCUGCCAUGCUAGACAGCCCUUAUCUUUUGUGGUGCUCCAUAAUGGUUGUUAAUUUUCUGCCUCUAUGAAAUGUUGUCAGUGAAGUGCCAAAAACAGCAGUAUCGCUGAGGGACUUCUGCAACUGUGUUCUGGGCUACGUGGCUGAACUAUCAGAGCACUGGAGACUUUUCUGCUGUUCAGUGUAAAGUUAAGGUGAACUCAGGAGUGCAGACAUGCACAACCUACCACGUUCACACUGCAGAGCAGUAUGUUCAAAAAGGACUGCCUUAUACAGUAUAUAGAUUGAAAUACUGUUUAGUGUUGCCAUUGCCUUGCUACUCAUACACACUUCAAAACUAAAAAGUUGGAACAGAAAACAUAUUUCUUACUGCAGAUUUAUUUGAACAGCCAGAAAAGAAGAUAAGCAUGUCCAUUUCACCAUGCAGUAAUUAAAAGACUGCUAUGUUUUUGGUAAGCCAAUAAUGAUAAUAAGAAGGAACAAUCAUAAGCAGUGGUGUGCGAAUACUCAAAACUUUCAAAUAACAAAUCGAAUACUGUCCUGUUCAAUUUGGUUCUUGAACUGAAUAGCAACAAUUCAAAAAUUCAUAUAUUUUUCAAAUAGUUUUCGGUUGCUUCACAUCAUCAAGUGUACACAAACAUAAAAUUUAAGCAGAAAUUCAAUAACUUUCGUCUCAUCUACAGUGUGAACACAACAGACUAGAGCGCACUGCAUCACUCAGACAGCCAGACCUCUCUGACAAAACACGAUCGCUCGAUAUAUAAUCUUGUUUAUACACAGCAUUUGGCAGUGGGUAUUGGUCGAUAAUUAUAGAUGCAGCAGAUGACACACAUUUGUGAUUUGGUUGCGAAUGUAUACGCAGAUAUUAACUUCAUAUGAUAAUCCAUAACAGUAUAUCUGAAGAGUUUGAGUUUGCAAACAAAGAGCUUGGUUGUUCCUAAUGCCCCCUUUGUGCUUUUAAUAAAGUAGACAUUAUAAUGUGCAGUGUAAUGAUAGAAACUUUCUAAUGUUGUUAGUACCUAGAUGUGAAUAUUGUUUGAUAUUAAUGCAAGGAGGCUGUGCAUUAUUCAUAAAGUAUUCUGUUCCGCUUGCUUUUCACAUUAUUUGAUUCAUAUUAGAUUCAGUCUCAAAAACUAAUAUUCGCACACCCUUCAUCAUAAGUAGCGUUCUAAACAAAACUGUACAAGUAUUUCCCAGAUUAAAAUACCAUUGAGCCCAGCAAUGAUUUCACUUCAGGUCAGUUUAUCUAAAAUAUAAAGAAAUGGCACUGUAGAUUGUAGGGACACAUGCUAGAAUAACACAUACCAUAAUUGCAUAUAUGUACAGCUGUGUGUUGCAAAUGCAGAUAGCUAGUUAAUACUCUAAUGAUGAUUAUUUUGUACUGUUCAAUGCUUUUUAUCAUGCAUUUUCAUCUAUAAAAAAUGACAUUAUUCAUCCUGUAUAAAGUCUUUGGUGCCUGAGCAAUACACUUUUCCAACAUGGUUAAAAAGGUUGCUUUGCUGUCACGUGUAAAAUGCAAAGCGAGCAUUUUUUAUGGAGAUUACCACUUUUCAUAGAAUCUGCCUCCAAGAGUAGCUUAAAAAUAAUAGGAUAAGCAUAGUACGAAGAGCAUGCUAGUUAAGCUGAACUUAUGAAUAAUGACCGUAUCAUACGAGAACAAGCUCCAAAAGGCCACGUCAUGGCAUGCGCCUACAACUUGAACAAAAAAUGACAUGCAAAAAAAAAGUAAAAGUUGAUAGAUGGCAAAUAUAAUGCCAUUGGCUGCUCUUUCCAUUUUUCAACUAUGUCAACAGAACUUUGUGCUCUGUAAAUAAAUUCAUAAACAUUU